GCAGCGGCCGGAGCAGGAGCAGCAAUCCGGGAGCGGGAGGGCGCAGGAAGCUGUGAGGGGGGUCAGGAAGCUGAGGCUGAGGAGAGACACGGAGGAGGGGGGAAGCCCGCGGGGCAGGAAGAGCCGGCUCGUGAAGGGAGGGACGGCGGAGGCGAAGGGCUCGGGUGGGGGGGGAGAGAGGCCUCCGCGCAGGCGCAGAGCGGGGCUUGGACCCCCACCUCCUGAAGCGCCCCCCCACCUCUCCCAGCGGAAAGGGGUCCUGACAGGACAAGAGAGGCAGCUCGAGACUCCGCCCGGGAGGGGCCGCCGGCCGGGGGGCCACCAUGUCCUCCCCCAGCCCGGGCAAGAGGCGGAUGGACACCGACGUGGUCAAGCUUAUCGAAAGUAAACAUGAAGUCACCAUCCUAGGAGGACUCAACGAAUUUGUAGUGAAGUUCUAUGGACCACAAGGAACACCGUAUGAAGGUGGCGUGUGGAAAGUUAGAGUGGACCUUCCUGACAAAUACCCCUUCAAAUCCCCAUCUAUAGGAUUCAUGAAUAAAAUUUUCCAUCCCAACAUUGACGAAGCGUCAGGAACUGUAUGUCUAGAUGUAAUUAAUCAGACUUGGACAGCUCUCUAUGAUCUUACCAAUAUAUUUGAGUCGUUCCUGCCCCAGUUGCUGGCCUAUCCCAACCCCAUAGACCCCCUCAAUGGUGAUGCGGCAGCCAUGUACCUUCACCGACCAGAAGAAUACAAACAGAAAAUUAAAGAAUACAUUCAGAAAUAUGCAACAGAGGAAGCGCUAAAAGAGCAGGAAGAAGGCACUGGGGACAGCUCUUCGGAGAGCUCCAUGUCUGACUUUUCAGAGGACGAGGCCCAGGAUAUGGAGUUGUAGUAGAAGCAGCGCCCUGCUUUUCAGAGAGACUGACUUCCUAACCACGCGCUGAGAAGCAGACUAUAAUAUUCAUAUUUAAACAAAGCAAUUUUUUAUUACUAAACAAGGUUUUUAUGAAUAAUAGCAUUGAAGAUAUAUAUACAUAUAUAUAUAUCACCCUUUAGAUCUUGAUUUCUUUUGGUCAUUUCUCAGAGCCCAAAAGUGCAUCGUAGCGCAUUUCCCACAUUCCACUCGGUAGCAAUAUGCAGCCCAGAUGCAUGCGAGGCAGCCGUUUAUAAUUCCAUUUGAGCAAAGGCAACUUGUAGGCUACUGAACUGUCAACCUAAAAAAACAAAACAAAAAAAAAACAGCUGCUUUGCUAGGGAGAGGGUCUGGAUGUUUCCUUUUUUCCCCUCCCUGCCCCCCACUUUUAUUUUUAUUAUUAUUAUUAUUAUUAAUGGUUCCAAAGAUGGCAGGACACCCUCAGAUGCAAAAGCAGAGCAGCGCUUGCAGAACGUCGAAGAGAAAUAUUGGGGGAUAAACGCGAGAGGCAGUGAAGUCGGAAAGCUGCUUUUUCGAUUCAGCUCGGCUGCUUUACACUUUAAACGGAGUUCCAUUUUUAAGAAACGAAACACCCCUGCCGCCAGAAUACGCCAAGUUCUUCAAAGUGUCUGGUUCUGACAAGGCGCCUUUCUUUGGUUUAAAGAACAUUUUGUGUGGACUUCCUGUCCGCUGCUAGAGACUGGCAAUCGGUCCGGUUUGCUCGGGGGGCCUCUUGAAAACCUGCAACUGGACAGUUAAUGUCAACUUUACUGGUCUGGAUCCUCGGUGUCCGUCUGCCUCUGUCGCUGUUACUACUCUUAAGGGACAGAAAGCAAGCGGAGUCCAACUUUGUCUUCGCUUUCCUGGAGUGCGUCACACCCAAUCCAUUUUUUGGUCCCACUGUUAAAACCACUGGCAGUUGUAAUUAUUCCACUCCUUUUAUGUCUCUCCAAGCACUGUGCGCAUGACCUCCUGAGGAGAGGGUCUUCUUACCAGCCGGAUUUGUCAGAGUACUGCAAGCCCCGUCGACAGUUUCAUUGCCCCCCCACCCCACCCGAGUUGCCGCUGAUCACGACUCCAUCGGUGGUCUCCCAAGUUUGCUAGUUCCUUCCUCUGCUCACUUGCGGCCCUUCUAUAAAGCAGGCCAGACAAUCUAGGAAAAUCCAGUAUAAAGGGUUUGGGAAGUGGGUCUGGUUUUUUUGUUUGUUUUGGAAGGGGAAUUGAUAAUAAGAGUGCUGGUUUCAGAGAUUUUUUUGAAUUAGAUUCCCCCCCCCCGUUUUCAUUUCUUGUGCGUUUUUGAACACACAAAUGUCCCUUCCCUCUUCCCCUCCACCCCCCAAAAAUGGAAUGGUAAGAGAACCCCCUCAUACAUUGAAUGCCUACCUGGGAUGUCGAUGUUACUUGAACAUGGAUAAUGGCAAAGAAAACGCCCGACAAGAUGUGGAUUUGCAAUCUGGACAUUACCUCUGACGUAUUUGUAAAGAGUUUUUUUUCUUUUUUCUUUUUGGACAGGAUGUGGGGAGGGCAGUUUUGGUGCAAUGUCUUGGGGUGGGGUGGGGGUGGGGGUCAGUAAACGGAAUUUGAACUCGGGUGACAUGAGCAGAAUUCUGAAUAUCAAGCUAAGCCCAGUCCAUUGUAUUUCCUUCCCAGAUUCCCCUAAAGCACCGUCAGAAUUUUGUGGAUUGUUCUGGGGUGCAAGGGGGGAAGACGUGUCGAGAGAGUACAAUCUUAAAGCCUAAUCAGUUUGCUUUCCCCUCCCCCCUUUUGAAAAGAUCUUAUGUAAAGUAGAAUUUAACUUUGGCAUGAUCAUUUUCCUUUAAUAAAGCAAAAGCAUACCAAGAAGUUGAAUUACGGGCAUGAAGAAAACAACAACAACCGAGAACCUUUUAUUUUCUUUCUUUCUAAAUUAAAAGAAAAAAACAAAGCAGUAAUGUGGUUAUAGUAGCUGAGCUGAAGUUCUCUCCUUUAAGCAAGUAUGGCUUGUUUGGGGGGCAGGCGGGUUAGUAUUAAUAUGGAACAUGUAACUGUGCCAUUUCCUUGACUCUGGAGAAGGGUGGGGAGAGCUCUGUUACUGCAGCAGGACUCCUGAGACCAGCCUUCACCAACCCGGUGCCUUCCAGAGGUAGAUGGACUACAAUUCCCACCAGCCCCUGCCAGCGUGCUGGCUGAGGCUGAUGGGAGUUGUAGCCCCAACAACCUGCAGAGGGCACCAGGUUGGCGAAGUUGGCCUUAGAGAUGCUCUCUGCUUGUGUGGUGGCCUCUUAGGUGCUAUUUAGGUAUAGAUUUGAGUGCUGAGGUGGCAGUGGUGAUGGUGGUACCGAUUUAAACAAAAUAAACUGUAUUUUUUCAAUAUUGUAUAUACAAAUGUUAGUGUUCGAAUUCCCUUUAUGCAGAUAACUUUUUCUUUGGGGGGGGGAACCCUCAAUUCUGGUGCACAGUCAGUUUUUAACAACUCUGACGUCCACAGCUCUUCUCUCCUAAGCAAACACCCGUUCUUAAUUUCAACAGUCCUCGCUUUUAAAUUAAACGCGCGAAAGCGAUUCCAAAUGCAGACACUGUCCGUGUUAAAUGGAAGCCCCACCCCCGAGAAAAAGCACCGACUCAUCCACACACUUCGCACACCCCUGGUGUGCAAAGGAGACAUUUUCGCACCUCCUGCUUGAUCGGACCCCUGUUUGUGGGUUGCAGUUGCAAAGAUCUCUUCUGCUGCAUUUACUUUCCAGGUGUCGGGGAAGGCUGGCAAAAUGCCCUUAGUGUGAUGGGCUCCACCUGGAAAGAAGAGUUUGUGAGGACCGACCUUAACUAGACCAGACUCCCUUCUCCUCUGGUACCACUGAUCUAAGCACAGUUCCUUCUGUCCCCCUCUCUCUCUUUGGCCUGCCGAGAUCCCCUUUGCUCAGAGAGCUGCUCCUCUCUCAGCCAGACCAGACGGAAAGGCUGGGCGCCACUUUCAGUCGCCAGCCCACUUGCCCAUCCCUUCCGAAACACCCUUCAGGCUUCAGACCCGACUCCCAACGCAGCCGCCCCUCGGAAGCUGCAAAGUUUGUGCGUGUGUUGUGAGUUGCCUUGUUACGUGAACACACACUAAUGGGGUCUUAAGUGCUUGCACCGGCUAUUGCCCUUCUCCCUCCCCACCCUUAAAAUUCCGUUGUGCUUUUCGAGUAUUUCAGCACCGGUAGACGAAACUUCCCACAUCGACCUUGGUGUUUGAUCUUACUCCCCUUCCUCAAAAUGACUCUUAAAUCACCCAUGGAGACGUACCCCUGAAGCACAGAGUUUCACAGAGUGAUGGCAGGUGGCGAAAGCAAAUGGCCCUGGAGUUUUUCGUCGGCCAGGUCAGCUUGUAGAAAAACCCAAAAGCUCCCCGGCUUGUGUGGUCGGUUGAUGUUUUCCUACCUUUGGGGCAGCAGGUGGGAACUCCCACAAAGAAAGUGGGUUUGUAGGGGAGGGGGGUGAAGCUUUUAUCCUCUUGGGGAGGGGUCCAUGCUACGGUAGCUUUCUGCAGCUAGAUCUGGAACAGACCGCGGUGGAAGUGGUUAAGCGUGUGGAGUGUCUGAAGGCAACUCCUGUGAUCUGAGCGUGCGCUGGUUUUAUAUAAAUAUAUAUAUAUAUAUAUAAUAUUUUCUCGCUCGCUCGCUUCCUUUUGCUCGUCUGAGUUGCUGUGGCACCUUGGAGCCAGGAGUCUCUUGCCGCAUGAGAAAUGGCCAUUCUCCUUCCCUCCACCCCCCUUUUCUUUUACUGACUGUGUUUGGUACAAAUUGUGUGAAUACUUGAAGAGAUGAAGGUGGGCACCCAGCCCCUUUCCAUUCGAGUCCUUGCAUUUUUUUUCCUCCGGGUUUUUCUUUUCCUUUUUUGUUGGUUGGUUUUUUUCCCUGUUUUCGUUUCCGCUUCCUCUCUUAUACCCCCCCUGCCCUACCCUCUUUGCAUUGUGAUGAUGUUAGUGGGCAUGCCUGGCGCCACGGCAAUUGCCUCUUCUAAGAAUUAUAACCUCUCAAAAUAGUUGUGUAUAAUUAAAGAAACUGUAAACUUUUUUAAAAAAUAAAAUAUGUAUAUACCUUGGCCCCUCGACUGGUAAUUGCCCCAGGAGAGAGAGAGAGAGAGAUUGGGGGUGUGGGUCACUGCUUCUGACGACGCUUCUCAGGGAUUUUAAAAAUUUGGAAUACGGUAAAUUGCAUCUCCCCCCCUGCAACCACUUUCUGAUUCUGUGGCACCACCUUAUUUCUCUCCUAACUUGAUAUACAGUGCUGAUAUACACAUCCCCUAAAAUGAGGCCCCAUUUGGGUGUACUUUUUGUGACAUGCACAUUUGUGCCACCCCUGCCUGUGACCUUACAAGGAGGCAGGAGGGCAAUGUGGAGGAAACAGUUUGGUGGUGAAGAUGAUGAAUGGAUUUUUGUAUAUUGAUUCAGAAGUUGCCAGCACGAAACUUUCAUUGCCCCCCACUGUUUUGUUUUUUAAGAAUGUAGAAUCUUAGAAUUGCAGAGUUGAAAGAGGCCACAAGGUUCGCCUGGUCCAACCCCCUGCAAAGCAGGAAUCUUUAGCCCAACAUGAGGCUCAAACCAAAAGACCCUGAGAUUAGGAGUCUCAUGCUUUAUCCCAGCCCAAUAUGUAAGUGACCACUUAAAAAAACACAAAUUGUUACUUGUUACGGUCACAGAUGUGAAUUGGCAGGGCGCAAGCUCAGGGGCUGAUGUGGGCAAGUUGCAAUGCUGGAAUUCUUAAGAGUUGAGCUACCCCAAUGAUAAUUCAAAAUCAUUUGAACAGCAGCUCAACAUCCGCUUUGCUGCCCUGGGCUGAUGCCCACGUUAUCGUCGUUAUCGUUGAUUAACAAAAAGAAAACCAACCAAUGUUUUUUGUUAUGGUAACUCAAAGCGAUUUACAUACACACAUUAAACCACCAUAAAAAAAUAUCUAAAAGGCAAAUUUUAAAAACUGCAUAAAAAACAUCCUGCCCGUGCAAAAGGGCCUCAGUUAAAAGCCAAAAGGCCUGAUGAAUAUAUAGUUUUUGCCUGGUGCCUAAGAUGUGCAUUGAUGGUGCCAGACAAGCCUAGCUCAGAGCCACCACUGAGAAAGGCUGUUCUUGCAAGGUCACCUUCUAGACCAGGCAUCCCCAAACUUCAGCCCUCCAGAUGUUUUGGACUACAAUUCCCAUCUUUCCCGACCACUGGUCCUGUUAGCAUGGGAGUUGUAGGCCAAAAACAUCUGGAGGGCCACAGUUUGGGGAUGCCUGUUCUAGACCUCUCAUGGAGGGGGCCUCUGAUGACACAGGCAGGGUCUGGGUUGGUUCCUGUGUGGAGAGGCAGUACCCUGAGGUACUGGAAUCCUGAGCCACAUAGGACUUUAUAGAUCCAAACCAGCGUUUUGAAUUGAGGCCGGAAACUCAUUGGCAGCUAGUACAGCAAAACUAGGAUUGGUUGCAGUCUAAAAUAAUCUGGAUGGCAUUAGAUUUGAAUGACCAUUUGAAGACACGCUUGCCCUCCCUUCUAGUUGGUUUGCUUUUUGAAAUACUCCCUGCCUUCACACUCCUUAGGCUUCGUUCGCAGGAGUCAUGCACCUUCUUGUCAAGAGCAGCUCUCUUUUCUGCAGAGAACUUUGCUUCCUGCCGGAAGGGCAAUGCACUACACUUCUCUGUUGUUUUUGGCUCUGCGCAUGUUCCUAGAUCUUGCGCCACCUGCCUGAAGAGGCACGACCUCGGGAAGGAGCACAGGAAGGUGCCUUACAUGUGAUCAGGCGGCUUGUCCCAUCUAGCCCCAUGUUGCCUACUUUGUCUGGCAGCAAUUGUCCUUGGCCUCGGGAAGAAAGCCUCAGCCAUUGCCAGCUGCCUGAGAACUUGUGCUGAAUGUGCCAGGGGUUGCUAAGUGGGAUCUUCUGAGUGUCCUGAAUGGGGCAAGGACCAGGUGCGCAGCCUGGGAGUCAUUUUGGACUCUCAGCUGUCCAUGGAGGCGCAGGUCAGUUCUGUGUCCAGGGCAGCUGUCUACCAGCUCCAUCUGGUAUGCAGACUGAGACCCUCCCUACCCACAGACUGUCUCGCUGUCCUUUGUCAACAACAAAUUGCUGCUGGUUUUUUUAUGUUGAAUAUAUGCUAUAUGGUAAUUUAUGGACCUAAUAGGUAUUUAAAGCCAUUUGCACAUAACAAAAUAUGUAUUUUAUCAAAAAAUACAUAUUUUGUUAGGUAAAGGUAAAGGUAAAGGAACCCCUGACCAUUAGGUCCAGUCGUGACCGACUCUGGGGUUGCGCACUCAUCUCACAUUAUUGGCCGAGGGAGCCGGCGUAUAGCUUCCAGGUCAUGUGGCCAGCAUGACAAAGCCGCUUCUGGCAAACCAGAGCAGCACAUGGAAACGCCGUUUACCUUCCCGCUGUAGCGGUACCUAUUUAUCUACUUGCAUUUUGAUGUGCUUUCGAACUGCUAGGUUGGCAGGAGCUGGGACCAAGCAACGGAAGCUCACCCCGUCACAGGGAUUCGAACCGCCGACCUUCUGAUCAGCAAGCCCUAGGCUCGGUGGUUCAGCCCACAGCGCCACCUGGGUCCCUA